GCGGACACCGGGUGGCGUCUGGCGCUCCAUAAAGGGGCCCGCGCUCUCCACCACAAGGGCAGCAGCUACCAGCUGUGAACACAGGCGAGAUGCCGAUUGUGUGCCAUCAGGUCCCGGUGCUGGCUGGUAGCGCCACAUUGGCCACCAUGGGGACCUUGAUCCUGUGCUUUGGGAAACCCGCCAGUUAUGGAAAACACAGCAAGAGCGCGUCGUCGGGAGUUCCCCUCCUGCCCGCACGCAUAGCCUGGUUCCUGCAGGAGCUGCCUUCCUUUGUGGUGUCGGUAGGGAUGCUCGCUUGGCAGCCGCGCUCCCUCUUCGGACCGCCUGGGAAUGUGCUGCUGGGUCUCUUCUCCGCACAUUACUUCCAGAGGACAUUCAUUUACUCACUGCUCACCAGAGGAAGGCCUUUAUCAGCGGUGAUCUUUCUGAGAGCCACUGCCUUCUGCAUAGGGAAUGGACUCCUUCAAGCCUACUACCUGGUUUAUUGUGCAGAAUACCCCGAGGAGUGGUACACAGAUGUGCGGUUUAGCUUCGGUGUCUUCCUAUUUAUUUUGGGAAUGGGAAUCAACAUCCAUAGUGACUACAUGCUGCGCCAGCUUAGGAAGCCUGGAGAAGUCAUCUAUAGGAUUCCACAAGGUGGCUUGUUUACGUAUGUUUCUGGAGCCAAUUUCCUGGGCGAGAUUAUUGAAUGGAUGGGCUACGCCUUGGCCACUUGGUCCGUUCCAGCCUUUGCUUUUGCAUUUUUCACACUUUGUUUCCUGGGGAUGCAAGCUUUUUACCACCACAGGUUCUACCUCAAGAUGUUUAAGGAUUAUCCCAAAUCUAGGAAAGCUCUUAUUCCAUUCAUCUUUUAAAGAACCCCAAUUUUUAAGGAACAAAGCUUCUAUGGAGAAACUGCCCAGCUGCUGAAACUAGAAACUGUAAACUAUAACUGAACUUUGUCUUGUUCAUGUAUAUAUACGGUGAUGUAUAUGUUAAUGGGCCUCUUGUUAUUCCAGUUGCUUGAGGCAUGCAGAGUCAUGCCUGCUCAGCAUGCACUCCUGUCUGCCCAGAGAGUUCUAACCUAAUUUCCUUUUGGAGCUUCACAGGGGCCAUUUUAUUCUUAGCUAUCCCGUCUAGAAGCUUCCCAGUUCUCUCUUUUUUUUCCAAUGUAUGAUCUGAAGAUGUGACUUUUUUCUUAUUCUGUGUCACUUUUGGGAAGUUCUGCAGUCAAAACCCUUUGGAUUGACAAAAUGAAAAAUGAAAUUAUAACAUUUGGAAGAAAGUAGGUGGAACUGGACAUUAUUAUAUUAAGUAUCCUAACUUUGACUCAGAAAAACAAAUACUGCAUGAUUUUUCAUAUGCAGGUUCUAGAUUUUAAUGUGCAUGUAUAUAUACAUAUAUAUCUAUGUUCAUAUGUAUGUGUUGAGAGUCAUAUAGGUCAUUGAUUUAGAAAUGAGAUUAUGAGAAGGGAAAAAGAGGUCUUCUGGGGAAGAAAAAAGAGGGAAAUAAAAUUUGUAUGGCAUGAAAGCAGAGAGAAGCUACUGCAGGAGGAAGGGGAGCAGCAGGAGAAAUGUAGGCAAGCAUGGGAGGAGGACUGGCAAGAAUAAAGUAUGCAUGAAAAUGCCAUAAUCAAACCAAUUACUUUGUACGUUUGUUUAAAAAAAAAACAACCAAACAUCCUUCCAUCUAUCUGUCCAUUCGUCCAACUAAUCAACCAACUAACCAACCAACUAACCAACCAACCAACUAACCAACCAACUAACCAACCGACUAACCAAUCAACCAACUAAUCAACCAGCCAACCAACCAAUAAGGCAACCAACCAACCAGCCAAAAAUGAAUGUGUGGACUGAGGGCAGUGCUUAGAGAAGUAAUUAAGAGCAUCCCUUUUGUAUGCCCACAGAAUGGCAAACAUUUACACUUUUAAGUGCAUUUAAGUGCCAUAGACCCAGAGCAUGCCUAAAUGAAAACCUGGUCCCAGAUUCUUCUGCAUUAGUUAAUUAGGAAGAUAUAAAAAAGGAGAACUUUAAUGAUGGAAUUCCCUUUUUGGACCCAAGUCCAAAUAUACACCGAGUCUUAGUCAGUGAUCACUGGAUAUUCCAGGAGGUUUCACAAUUGGAGCUACCAAAGCUUCAUCCACAACACUGAUAUACGGAUUUUCUUGAUUGUCAGGUUUUACUGAACAAAAAAAAAAAAAAAAAAAAAAAAAAAAAAAAAAAUGAUACAGCCAUGAGUGGCUCCUGAGAGAAUAAAGAAUUGUGUUGCAACAGACAGUGUAAACUCCCAUCAGGAGCACUUCUACGUAUGAGAAGUUCAUGUGUAAGACAGUAGACUGAUCAAAUUGAAGAGAGGUUUGCGAUGAUGUGAGGGGUGUCAGAAGCUCUGAGCAAGUCUCUUUUGGAAAUUCUUCCUUAGGAUCCUUGAGACGUAUUUGAGAAGCUGUGUCCCAGCAGUAGCUUGAACAUAGCUCUCAGGUCCCAAUGGCAGAUGCAAGAUCUGCAAGAUCUGCCCAGAUGCGAGAUCUGGGCCGAAAGCCCCUAUCAUUCAGUUCAGACAGGGUCUCACACUUAGUUUUAGUUUAUUUUAUCUUGCAUUUCAAGCUUCAAAUUGUAAAAAUUAGGAAGCCCUGGUGUUCUUUUAAAAUGGUUACUCUCCAUCUUCCUAACACUGAGUUCCUCAUGUUGUGACUCCAAACCAUAAAAUUACUUUUGUUGCUACUUCAUAACUGUAAUUUUACUUCUAUUAUGAAUCAUAAUGGAAAUAUCUGUGUUUUCCAAUGGUCUUAGGUAGCCCCUGGGAAAAUGUCAUUUGACACCCAAAUGACACCCAUGCUUUUAAAAGUUGGACAGAAGAGACAGAAGAUAGUGGGAGAGUGAAUAUGAUCAGAGCACUAUACCAAAAUAAGAUUUAGUGAGAUCAUGAAUAUAUGUCACUGGUUCUCCACUUUCCUAAUGCUGUGUCCCUUUAAUCCAGUUCCUCAUGUUAUGGUGACUCCCAAACGUAAAAUUAUUUUGUUGCUACUUCAUAGCUGUAAUUUUUCUACUGUUACAAAUUGUAAUGUAAAUAUCUGAUAUGCAGGAAAUAUGAUAUUUGUCCACCAAAAGGGUCGAGAGUCACAGGCUGAGAACUGUUGAUAUAUGCUGACCUCAGUAUUCUGAUCCCGGUUCCUGUGUGAGACUUAGGAUUGGGUAGCACAUGAGCAUUGAAGUGUACAGCCUCUGGUGAAGGAAUGGCUUCCCUAAAGAGGCUGCAAUGUGGGUUCUGUAAGGGAGGGACUGAGCACUCUGAAUCAGAACGGUUGAAUGCUUAUCUCCUCAGCCCCAGGUGGGUGGGUUCAACAUCAUUUGGAAACAUGCUUGAGAAACUGAGCUCUGGUUUUAUCAUUUGGUACAGAAACCGACUGUUAGCUAACACAGGGAUCAUAAGAGAUAUAAAGUAGGAUGUGCAACGAAGAUCCAGACUACAGUGUUACAAGCAAGUGUUCCUUCUUGUUCAUCAAAUGCCUGUCAAGUCAUUACCACCACCAAUGCUUGAAUAAAAAACGACCCAGAUCUUCUGUGGCAUUUACAAUGUA